AUGGACUUUCUGAUGGAAGAGCUCGAGAGAAUGGAAGCCAACGCCAUUGACAGCUUCGAAGAGGAAAUCAGCGACAUUGACAUCAAGCGCUGGCAAGCUCUCUUCUCCAUGACAUACGAUGACGCUCAUCACAAUCUCAAGACCUACAGGGCAAAUAUUGAGCGCCAGAGAUUCUCCGAAGAGUUAUGGCUUGAGCUCAAAGCUUCGAAGGAAGCACAAGGCUUUGACCGCGAAUCUUGCGAAUAUGCCCUGUUCUGUCGCUCAAAGGUAUACUCUGCAGGUGCUCCCAUCACUAACUCAGCCCAUCCACCAUCUCCGAACAGCGUUCUACGCGGUCUGAUUCUCGGUGGGCCUCUGAGUACCCCAGAAGAUGUCCAAGAUAUCGCAGGGUUCACGCCUACAGUUGUCACCGCCGAAUCCGAAGAAUCUGAAAGAAGCUUCUGCUAUGUUACAGCCAGCCAGGAGCAUCGAAUCAGACAAGGUCUUAGCGAUCGUGGCACCAGCUUCGAACCUUGCUUUGUAAGCAUCAACAUCGCAGCAAAAGACCUCUCGACAUUGCCUACUUUGGGCGUCGACGACACAACUAUGCCACAGCAUCGCCUAAACCAUGCUGGGGACCUCGUCAAACAACAACAGUUUCCUGUCCUCUACUUCUUCUACGGUACUCUCGCACAACCUGAGAUCUUGAAGCGAGUGCUCGAACUCGAAAACGAUCCUGGUCCAGCUUUAGAGCGUGCACACGUUUUGGGCGGUAAGAUCACAGCUCUAGGUCAGUACCGAGCACUAGUGAACAGCAGCAACUCUCGUGUGAAUGGCCAUGCUUUCAUGGUUCAGUCUGAGGAUCAGGAACUGGCUUUGCGCCUAUAUGAAACCAACAUUUACGAAGUCGUCCGAUGCGACAUCAUCCUGCAUGGAGAAGGUGUGCCUGUCAAGGGGUUGACUUUUCGUCUAGCAGCAUCACGGUAG